AAAGUGAGCAUGCAGUCCCUUGAGCAUUGAGGGCACUUUGCCAAAACCCGUAUUAUAGGGUGAUUUCGUAGUUUCUGCGCUGAUGGGCGCGUAGUUGAGCCUGCGCAACGCAGGGGUUCUUUGCUCUACGAAGUUUCUCGGGUUGAAUCAUAGGAAUACACUGACGACAGACUGACAUUAUUCGUGACUACAUCGGGAUUUACGCGUUUUGCCCAGUGCGGCUGUCCACCGUGUGUGCUGAAGGGGACAGGCACCGGACACAAUGUCAGGGUACCCCUACGUCCGCACAGGGAGAGGGGGCGCAGGAGGAGUGCGCUUCAAGAGGAGGAAGUCCCGCUUCUCCUUCGAGGAGGUGCAGCUGAUGCUCAGUGAAGUCAGGCGGAACCGCCACAUCCUCGUAGGCAAGUUUAACCGCGGCGUGUCGUCAGACGUGAAGAAGCGCACGUGGGCCGCCAUCACGGCCAGCAUCAACGAGAUCAGCGAGUGCCCGCGCGAGAUCCUGGAGAUCAUCAAGAAGUGGUCGGACCUCAAGUGCGACACCAAGCGCAAAGUGGCGGCCAUGCGCGCGUCGGGGGCCUCUUCGGCCCGCGUGGCACGCGACCUCUCGCCCAUUGAGGCCAUGGUGCACCAGAUCCUGCAGAUGCCCACCCCGGGCUCCGCCGAUCCGCAUCCCUACGGCGCCCCGUUCGGGGAGGGCGACGACGGUGACGAUGAUUCCAUGGGCCCUGUGAUGCCCCUGCGCCAGAGAGCCACCACGUCCGGCAGGACAAGGAUGCUGCUGCCCGCUCCCCCGCCCCAGCCACCUCCUCCACUGCCUCCACCCGUCACCAUGGUGAUGGCUGCGCCGCUCUCUGCCAUGCCAACCAAGAACGAUCUGGGCCUGCCCACAGACAUGAUGUACACACGGAACUCCCCACAUCCUUUGACUGACUUCCAGUUUGAGUCUCCAGAUAUGGAAGAUAGCCUGCUGAAGUACGACGACAGCCAGUUAGGGCGUGAGCGAGGUCCGGCCUUCUUGGACACCUCCCUUCCCGGGCCCCCCCCAGUCGACCUGGAGCGCCCCCGGCCCGACUCUGGCCACCGGGGCCUCAACGGCUCCUCGCUGGGCCCCCCCUCCACCCCCUCCGUCUCGGGCUCGUCUCCCCCUGCCGCGCCCGCGGCCUCUACCCCCCAGCUGGCCUCGACCGUGGCGCCGCCUUCCUCCUCCACCGUGCCGCUGCCGCAGCCGAGUAGCGGCCCCCUGCACGAGCAGCUGGCCCACAGCGCGUCGCUGAGCCUCCAGGAGCAGCAGGCGUCCACGGCCCUCAUGGGCUCCAUCUCGCGCUCGCUGGAGGCCAUGUCCGAGUCCGUGCAGCAGCUGGUGGAGACGCAGCAGGCCUUCGUGCGCGACUCCCUGCAGCUGCAGCGCGACGCGCUCCACGUGCUGCGCGACUUCACCGCCGGCGCGCUCACACUAAUGCAGGACAAGCUCAACGGACGCCCGCUCCUGCCCUGAGCUUUCCCCAUGAUGCACCAGGGCACCAAGGGAGGUUCCUGGGACACCCUCUUCACGUUUUUUCCUCGUCAAAAAUGGUUGUGGCUGAAAAGAUGCAAUUGAGUGUCGAGGUUUUUUUUUGCCUUGUGUUAUAAAUGGUAAAAGAGAUUUAAAAGGUACUUAACUGAGAAUAUUUGUUGUCAUGGAAACACUGGGAUAGUUCAGAGACAUGAGAGUUAUUUUACUAGAUCUGAAUUCUUUUUUUAAAUCGCCAAAUUCACUCUCAAAUUCUGAGAUAUUUUAAGUGAUAUUUUAUUUUAUUUUAUUUUAUUUUAUUUUAUUUUAUUUUAUUUUAUUUUAUUUGACUAAUUCUCCCAUAGAUACCGUAUGUCUUCAUCCAUCCUGUUAUUUCAUGUCACUGGUUGUGCUUUAGUUCACAGUCGCAAACCUCACUUAAUCAUGAAAGCACAGAAAUAUAAUCAUGGACAUUUGAACAGAAAACCUACGGACAGUAUUGAUUUUAGACUGUAAACAAACAGACUGGCAGCGUGUGUACAGUGGUGUCUGUACUACAGAAAAGAGCAAAUGUCAGCCACCAUAUUGACUAUGCAGUGGAGAUUUGUAUAUUGUGGAAAGUUUAUAGGGGAUGUUGGUGAGAAGAUGAGAGUUGUGGAACAAGAUGAAGGCGUAUUCAUGGGAGAUUCAACCCCACGUACACUAGACUGCUGAAGAAAGAAUUUCUCCAACUUGAUUUUAUUAAAUCUUCUAUGUCAUGGACACACAUAUAACUAUAUUCUCUCUCCCUUUAUGGUGCAUAUGUUGGCAGCCAGUUGCUCCAAACAUAAAAGGUAGAAAUGUAGCGAUGUGUACAUGCACUGUACUGAGAUCAGUCUGUGAGCCCUUCAGGAAUCCUGCUAGAUAACUUUAUUUAAAUACUGUGGAUCACCUGACACAUAAGCUUUAGUGGUGUAAACUUGAGACUUGAUAUAGACUUGGCUGCGGUUGGAUAGUCAAGAAAAAUAUAUCCUGUGACCUUGCCUGUCCACUUUUCCCUAACCAAGAUGGAAACCAUGAGGUCACCGGCAGAUGUGAAGGACAAUUCAUCAAGACCGCCCCAGUGCAAAGAGAAUCCGGUCCCACUUCCACUAAGCUAGGUCAUUAUGUGGCGGAUGUUAUUGACUUGGGUCUUUAAGUGUUGUUGUUGCAAUGAAUUGUGGGAUGAUGUUAUCGUUUCCUUUUGUAAAGGAUGGUCCAGUGAACCCUACGGCUAAAGGAGAUAAGAAAGGCAGCCCAUGUCUUUAGCAUUUGGAGUAUUUGACCAGCGCUUACAAUGGCUGCCACUGAGAUACCUCAGGGUAAUUUCACUCCAUUCGGAACCUUUUUUUUUAGCAAAAAAGUCUCUCCAACCGCAGCCAAUGUCAGACAGCCAACACAGGUAACCCUUCGUGGCAGACUGCUGAGUGGCUGCUGUUUCCAGUCAGUGUGCUGUUUCCUCAUACAUCACUUCCGGUUCUCUGCAUUGCCUCCCAGGUGAUGUGUGGCUGUGUCUGUUUGCAGCCUCAUGUACAGUUAAUAAGAUGACCAAUUUAGUCGAAUUUAAGUUAAGUGUUGUUUGAAUCGGGAGUGCUGUACCUGAAACCUGUUCCUUUCCUUAUUUAUCGCAACUUAUGGAAUUCCAAGCAUCAGAUGAUUUAUUUGUAUGUUUUUAUUUUGAUCAACUUGAACUAACAUCCUUUCCAUUUUAUUUCUAACAGGACUAUUGUCAUACUUGUAUUAACAGAAAAUGCUAUUGCAAUGACAACUUUGUGACUUCAGUUAAGGGGGGGUGAAAAUAAAUGCCUUUCCACCAAACAAGCGGCCUGUACUGAUGAACCUCUAGAUCUUUUCUAUUCCCUAUUGCUGCUCUACAUUCCCUGUGCAGUGUCACUGAAAAUAUUCAUAUUUUACUGAAUAUAGAAUCUGUAUGUCAAAUGUAUAUGAAUAUAAUUUAUUACAUUUACUCAUCAUCAACAAAUGCAACUGCCCUGUUUCCUAUUAAAUAGGAGCUUUGGUUUAGACCUGUGGUCACUGUUUCCUAUUAAAUAGGAAAUUUGGUUUAGACCUGUGGUCACUGGAGGUCUUCAGUGUAUACAUACACUCCUCCAGAUGGCACAGAGCUGGACUUUGUGUAUUGUCCUGCAACUGAAAAUCAAGGACUUGCCGUUAAGACCUUGUUCAGUUGAGUCAGGCAAAGUAGGUGGCCCAGUGUGUUCUGACAGUGUUAAUUCACCCAGGGUCCCUGAAGACUCUUUCCCUCUUUAAUGUCCAAACAGCAGAAGCAGCCGUGUUCCUGUGGAAUAAUCAGAUUUACUAACACAGCCUUACUUAGCCUUUUCCAAACGGCACAAAGGGCUGCAGAGCUGUUUUCAGACGCCCUCGGCCCACAGCGGAGAGAGAAAAGUCAUAUCCACUUGGUACAUUCUUAGCUUGUGUUACUUGGGUACAUUCAGUUUGUCUGUAAGGAAGGCAACACUAAAACUACUUGCCUUAUUUUCAUUAAACCUGUGGGGAAGCUGCAGCGUGGCCCAAGGAAUAGCCCAUUAAAUAUGGGACCGGACCUUAUCACAGGCCAGAUCCAUGAAUUUAGUUCCACCUCUGCCAGCGUUGGGAGGCACUUGCAUUUGGCCUUAGCAGAGGUUUGAAGUGCCGUUAUAGUUUGGAGUAAUUUGAAGUGGUCUAACACAAGUUAAGCGGUCAGGUGCAAUAAGAACCAUUAUUCCCACUGUUGUAUGUUUUAAUUACUUUGUCAAGUUCAUUUGUUUCAGACACUUCUGGUCUCUGGCCUGAGUACUGCAUCUCAUUUAUUUUAUCCAUUCAGGGGUCAUCCAUUCAGUCAAAGGGCAUGUGUCUAUCUGUGUCUGUAUGUGUCUAUUCUGAAAGCAAAUAUGAAUUUGCAAUUAAAACUAUUUCCCCGUU